CCUUAUUUAUCACACAACGCAAGUUUUUCAACUUUUAUUUUCAAGUAAAAAUAAAAUGGCGCAGGUCUCUUGCCGUCAUCUCCGGGAUCCAGACGACGAUAUUCCGCGCCAUAGCCGCCGUAAUCAAAACCAAACCCUAACCCUAAGUUUGGACUCCAUCCCUUACUGGUCCCACCCCAACGACUUCGAUCUUUACUCCUCCGACCCCGAGUUCCCUCCCACCGACGCGUCCGUCUCCGAUUCGCUCCUUCCAGUCAACUGCCCCGAUUUGCUCGACCGACACAACCAGGUUAACUUCGUCAUGGAUCUCUUUCACCAACGCGUUGAGCAAUCUCAGGUAAUCUCUCAUAACAACAAUAACGAUAAUACUGAGUUGGGAUCCGACUCGUUAACCGAGUCGGGUUUCGGAGUCAUAGAGGGGAAUUGUGAAAUCGGCAUGGAUAAUUUGGAGAUUGAUUUGGGGAUAGGGAUAGGAUUCGGUGCGCCGGAUAGUACUAAUUGUGGAUUUUCAGUAGGAAACAUCGAGGAUAGUGAUAUUGAUGUCAGCGUUGAUGUUUAUGGUAAUGAAGAUGAUGAUAAUGAUGAUGAUUUCUUUGUGGAGAGGAGGGUUUCUGGUUUGGAAUCCGGUGGGUCGGCGGGGACAGGGGAGCCGUUUGGGAACGGUUUAGAGGUUAUUGGGUUUGAAUCAGAUUCGGACGAUAGAGAUGAAAACGAUAACGAGAGAGAGAGACUGACGAUAGAUUUGCACUCAGUGAAUGAGGAUGACGAUGAUGCAAGUUAUAACAACCCUAUUUUUUGGGAUUCUUUUCAAUUAGAGGAUCAUAGGGAAACUAAUGAAGAUUUGGAGUGGGAGGAAGUCGAUGGUGGGCUUGAAGAGAGGGAGGUUAUGAGCAUGUAUGUGGAUGCUGAUAAUGAUGAUGAGAACUCCAUCUCCCUUUCCAUUUCACCUAUUACUGUACCUGAGGAUGUGGUUACUGUUGAAAGAGUAGGGGAGGUAGAGAAUUUGGAGUGGCAAGUUUUGUUGAAUUCUGAUAAUCUGGAAACAAACCCAGAUUUGGAUAGCUUUACCGAGCACUAUUUUGGUGACCAUGAAGAUUAUAUUUAUACUGCAGAAUAUGAAAUGAUGUUUGGACAGUUCACAGAGAAUGAGAAUGCAUUGACCGGCAGGCCUCCGGCUUCGAAAAUCGUUCUCAAACAACUUCCUUUGGUGGUCUUGACUCAAGAAUAUAUCGAGAAGAAUGAUGCUUUUUGUGCAAUUUGUAAGGAUGAGAUGAAUGUUGGUGAGAAGGCUAAGCAGUUACCUUGUACCCAUAGAUACCAUGGAGAUUGCAUUGUGCCUUGGCUGCGAAUACGAAAUACUUGUCCUGUUUGUCGUCAUGAAUUGCCCACAGACGAUGCCGAGUAUGAAAGGAGGAGGAACCAAAGAGGUGCUCGUGGGCGGUAAAUUGUUAUGAUAAUUUAUGGUCACUUCUAAGUUUUGAAGUAUUCAACAUGCAUUAGGUUUGUUCGAAUGGUAGGUACCUUGUUUGGAAGUGAGCGUACAAGGAUAAUUGUCUUCUUCAUAAUUUUGCCUGUGUUUGGAGUCGAAAAGUUUGGUAACGAUCACGUUGUAUUUUGGAUUUUUUUUCGGUUCAAAUAAUUUCCAGUGACUUGUAUGUUUAUUAGGUAUGUUUGAUUUGGAUGCAUGUAGGUUAGUGAUUUACUCUCGUUCAUUGUUUCUGGUUUGAUAUAGUUCUCACCACAUGGAAUGCAAAUCUUUUUUCCCUGUUUUCUUUAUGGAUAGGAAUACGAUUCUUCUAUGGUCAGAAUUUGUUGGUGUGAUUUUAUCUAUGUGCUACAUGAGUCCUAUUAUUUGUUUGGAAAUAACAGGGGCAGUUUCAUGA